AUGCCGGCGCGGGGGGUGUCUAUCGAGCAGGACCCCCACUUUAAAGACAAGGAAAAGGUCCUGCUACAGACCAGCAAGUUUCCGUCUGUGUUUUCCGAGCGUGUCGACAUGUCUAAGGUGAGCGUACCAGUAAUGCGCCCCUGGAUCGCGACGCGCGUGGAGCAGAUGCUCGGUUUCGAGGACGAAGUGCUCGUCGAGUUUAUUGUGGGUCUCCUUGAGGCAGAGCAGUUUCCCGACCCACGCAAGAUGCAAAUUGCUCUCACGGGCUUUCUCGAAAAGCGCGCGCCGCCGUUUAUGCACGAGCUGUGGGGGCACCUCUUGUCGGCGCAAGUGUCGGUAGGUGGUGUUCCCCGCGCUUUUGUUGAGCAGAAAAAGCGCGAAAUGCAGGCACAGCGCGAAGAGCAUGUGUCGAUGAUGGACCAGGUCCGCACGCGCGGUCCGCCCGCCCCGGAGCGCCGCGGGCCGCCGCCGGAGCGCCGCUGGGACCGCGGCCGCGCGCCUGUUGAGGCGGACCGCCGCCGCGACGUCUUUGUUGACAAGCGCGGCAAUGUGACACGCCGCGAGCGUGAUCAUGGCUGGGUGCGUGCCUCUUGCUGA